UGUGUGGACCAAACAUUAUUCAUCUGCCUCCAAACUGCCCACUCCCGUCCCUCUUCCUGACGUGGCUUCAUGGGCUCAGAGACGACAUUCCCUUAGACUUCCAGAAGCUGGAGAAGGAAAUGGACUCAGUGGUCGUUGAGGAUGUGGCCGUGGUGUUUAGCCAGGAAGAGUGGGCUUUGCUGGAUCUUCCUCAGAGGAAACUCUACAGAGAUGUGAUGAUGGAAACCUUCAGAAACCUGGACUCAAUAGUCUCUGGAACCCUUAAUGAUGGAGAAAGGUUAUCCACUGAACCUACAAUGAUGCAACUUAUGAAGAAUAAUACCUGGUCCUCCAUGUUAGUUGAAAUCUCCGAAUCGCAUGGCAAUAAAGAUCAGUAUAAAAACCAGGGGAGAUAUUUGAGAAGUCAUACAAAAGAGAACCUCUGUGAAAGUGAAGGCAGUCAGUGUGGGAAAGCCUUCAGCUGGAUUCCAAAUCUUACUGGGCUGAAAAGAAAUCCACUUGAAUGCCGUGAGUGUGGAAAAGCCUUUAUGGAUCACUCAGCAUGUAACCAUCAUACCAGAUCUUUCACUGGAUGCAAUGCUUGUCAGUAUAAGGAAUGUGGAGAAGCUUGCAGUUCUCUGUCUCAUCUAACCACUACAAUGAGAACUCUUAAUGGAAAGAAACCCCAUAAAUGUCAGGUACGUGGAAAAGGCUUCAUUUGUGUCUCAGUCCUUAAGAAUCCUGUGACAACACUCACUAAUGAGAAACGCUGUGAAUGUCAAAAAUGUGUGAAGGAUUUUUGUAGUUUCUCAUCCUUUUGGACACACAUGAGAGGUCAGAAGCAUGAAUGUAAAGAGUGUUGUAAAACCUAUGGUCUUUCAUCUCUCAUAUUAAAUAAAAAAUUUUAUAAUAGAGAUAAGCUGUAUGAAUGUAGGGAAUGUAUGAAAGCUUUUAGUCAUAAGUCAUCCCUCAUGAAACAUAUAAGAACUCACAGUGGAGAGAGGCCUUACGAAUGUAAGGAGUGUGGCAAAGCCUUUAGUUGUUCCUCAUCCCUCACUGCACAUAUAAGAACUCACAGUGGAGAGAAGCCUUAUGAAUGUAAGGAAUGUGGGAAAGCCUUUAGUCGUUCCUCACACCUCACUUCACAUAUAAGAACUCACAGUGAAGAGAGGCCUUAUGAAUGUAAGCAGUGUGGGAAAGCCUUUAGUCAUAACUCGUCCCUCACAAAACAUGUAAUAACUCACAGUGGAGAGAAACCUUAUGAAUGUAAGGAAUGUGGGAGAACUUUCAGUCGGUCCUCAUCACUCAUUGCGCACGUAAGAACUCACAGUGGAGAGAGACCGUAUGAAUGUAAAGAAUGUGGGAAAACCUUUGGAAGGUCCUCAGCCCUGAAUACUCACAAAAGAACUCACAGUGGAGAGAAACCUUACGAAUGUAAAGAAUGUGGGAAAGCCUUUAGACAUGCUUCAGUCCUCACUAUACAUAUAAGAACUCACGGUGGAGAGAAGCCUUAUGAAUGUAAGGAAUGUGGUAAAGCCUUUAGUCAUUCCUCAGCCCUCACUGUGCAUAAAAGAACUCAUAGUGGAGAGAAACCUUAUGAAUGUCAGAAAUGUGGGAAAGCCUUUAGUCAGUCCUCGAAACUCACUAGACAUAUACGAACUCACAGAGGAGAGGUGCCUUUUGAAUGUAAAAUAUGUGGGAAAGUCUUUAGACGUACCUCACCCUUCACUAUACAUAUAAGAGCUCACAGUGGAGUGAGGCCUUACAAAUGUAAAGAAUGUGGGAAAGCCUUUAGUUAUUCCUCAUCCCUCACUAUGCAUAAAAGAACUCACAGUAAAGAGAAACCUUAUGAAUAUAAGGAAUGUGGGAUAGCCUAUAGUUAUUCUUCAGCCCUCACUAUGCAUACAAGAACUCACAGUGGAGAGAAACUUCAUAUGGAAUGUAAGAAAUGCGGGAAAGCCUUUAGUUGUUCCUCACACCUCACUUCACAUGUAAGAACUCACAGUGGAGAGACUACUCCGUGUCAACAGUGGAGUGUUUCUUCCUUACUGCUAUAAUUUCAAACAGAAAAUUUUCAAAAUUCUGCUAUCAAACAGCAAAGUUUUUCAGUAAGAAAGCAAUUACUAACUCAAAGAAGGGAUCAGGAGCUAUUUUUUACCUAUAGGAGA